AUGGCUGCGACAGGCACGGACGCGAAGUCCAAGUACAUCGAUGCGCGCUUCAAGCACAUCAACUCCCACUUCGCGGGGGCCAUUGGCGUCGACGAGCUAGUCGCCAGGGCCGAGGCCGCGCUGUACGGCUUCGGGUUCACGGGCGAGAACUCCAUCGCGCUGUCCAACCUGUGCCGUGACGAGUCCACCGCGUACCUGCGCAACCGCAUCGAGAACGUCUUCGGGGCGUCCUUCUCGACGCAGUCCCUGGGCGCCGUGCCCACGUUCGGCCUCACCGGCCUCGGCGCCGGCACGGGCCACUCCCCCACGGACCCCGUCACCGGCAAGGAGCGCUACGUGUUCUUCUCCUUCCCCCACAUCGCCAUCGACGCGACCGGCAAGGUCGGUCCGAUCGUGCGUCCGGGGCGCCCGAAGGUCAGCGGCGCGUGCGGCGCGUUGGUGGCGGCGCUGGGCCACAUCGGCGCGAGCGGCGUGGAGGCCGAGUGCAAGAACCCGGGCACGCACGACCCGCUCGACAUCGAGUACUCCAUCCUCAAGCAGAAGAUGGCCCGCCAGCUCAAGACCGAGGGCGUCACGGACGUGUCGAAGAUGAACCUGGUCGACUUCACCAAGGUCUGCGAGCGCCUCGUGACGCAGGAGCUCCGCGAGAUGAUCGCCAAGGGCGUCGACAGCUCCAAGGCCGACUGGGCGCUCAUCACGGGCGUCCAGAUCCACAGCUGGGCCGGCGACGCUGCGGCGGCGGACGCGGACCUGGAGUUUGUGUGGCCCACGGAGUUCACGGUGUGCGUGGGCGGGAAGGAGACGAAGCUGGAGUGGUCCGCGGUGCCGAAGCUGCCGCCGCGGCAGAUGGCGGUCCUGGCGGCGCAGCAGGCUGCGCCGUUCGACGUGACGGGCGAGCUGGCGGGCGUGUGCGCCGCCGGCGCGGCGAGCGGGAUCGCGCGCCCGGAGCGCCUGGCGGCGGAGCGCGCGGAGGCCGACAAGUUCGCGAAGCUGCUCAAGUAG